GAGAGACUAGAGAGAGAGAGAGAGAGAGAGAGAGAGAGAGAGAGAGAGAGAGAGAGAGAGAGAGAAGUCAAUUUUUGAAAUCCAACCGCUCCAAUUCUUCAAUUCCAUUUCACCAAAUCCGGCGAUAUUGGAACCCAAUCCUUAAAUCAUUUCAUCUUCAAUACCCAGAUUGUGAUUUUUUGGAUUUCCAGCGAAUUGAUCUUCCACUGAUCCACGUCCUCUGUUCUCUUCAUGGUUUUCUUUGCCCCUUCUGCAACAAAAUCUCGUUGUCCCUGUCAUCUUUCCGUUCGAAAUAUCUUCUGGUCUUGGUCUUCUCCGCGUUCUCAUGGCUGUUUAGCUCUCCUCUGCUUCACGUCUAUCUCUCCAUCUCUACAAUUAAGUUCUUUAUAAUUCAAAAUUUUGAAAUCGUGUUAUUUAAGUCAACAAGAUUCUUUGUUUCGUACAGCGCCAUCAAUCACUCCCAUUUUCCUGGAAAAUUCCCGUUUCUUUCUCCCAGAAACCUCUGGUUUCUCAUCGGAGUUGAGCGUUGUUUAUCUCUAAUUUAUUUAUUUAUUCAUUCAUUUAUUGUGCUGUAAUUGUCACAUGUAAUUGAAUUUCCUCGUUUUGGUUGCCUCCCCCUUGAAAACCCUAUCUGGGUCUCUCAAUUUUGGGAGAUUAAGCCAUGGGAAUUCAGAGAGACAGGGUGAGAUUCAACGUUGGAGGCAAGAUUUUCGAGACUACGGCCACUACCCUAGGAAACGCCGGCCGCAAUUCGCUCUUCGGAGCCAUGUUCGACGACGAUUGGAACCUCCAGUCCACGAAUUCUGACGAACACUUCAUCGAUCGGAACCCAGAUUGCUUCGCCGUCCUCCUCGAUCUUCUCCGAACCGGGGAGCUUCACAUUCCAGCCACCAUACCAGAGAAGCUCUUGUACAGAGAAGCCUCGUUCUACGGCCUCCUCGACCACGUCCGCUCCGCAAAAUGGGGCCAAUUCGACGGCAACAGGCUCCGGCUGUCGCGGUCCGUCACCGGGCGGGCUCCCGGAGACGGAACAGCGAUUCGGGCCGGCCCCGACGGCGGGUGCUGCGUCGCGCACGGGAGCAUGGUUCACGUCUAUGAUUGGAUGCUGGAAGAACAUCCCCCAAUCAAUCUGGACUACCAGAGGGUUAACGACGCCGGGUGGAUCGAUUCGGAGAACAUCGUGAUCAGCGCUUGCGAGCGAUUAGGCCGCGGCGACGGCGGAAUGGGGCUGUUCAGCUCAUCAUCUGGCGAUCUCAGGUACAAGUUUCAUGUCACCCAUGAGAACCAAGUCAAGAGCUACACUGCUGGGGCUUUGAGUUUCAGCCCAGACUCGAAAAUAUUUUCUAGCUGUAGAGGCAGAAGCAAUGAGUAUGGAAUUGGUGUUUGGGACCAAGUGACAGGAAAGCAAAUAGAUUUUUUCUAUGAACCUCUUGGAUGGUCUCUUGGUGACGCAGACAAGCUCCAAUGGCUUCAAGGCAGGAACUGUUUGUUGGUUGCAACUUUGUUCCCAAGAAAAGAUAACUGUUACAUUAGCUUGUUGGACUUUAGGGAGAAGAGGAUGGUAUGGUCCUGGUCUGAUAUGGGGUCUUCCCUAACCAUCGACGAGAAGCGGGUUCGGGACGCCAUAGCCAUGGAAGAGACAAGCUCUAUCUGUGUGGUGAAUGAGUAUGAGGACUUGGGGUUCAUGGACCUGCGAAGCACGGUUGGCAGUGUGCGUUGGAGCUCAAGAAGUCGAUUACUGAAGGGUGGGAAGAUGCCGGAUGAGCCUUGUUACCCAAAACUGGCAUUGCAUGAGGGACAGCUGUUCUCUUCCAUGAAUGAUAGUAUAUCGGUGUUCUGCGGGUCUGACUGGGUACUGACAUCCAGGCUGCGACGGGGCUAUGGAGGUUCAAUUUGCGAUUUUUCCAUCGGCGGCGAUCGGCUCUUUGCUCUUCACAGCGAGGAAAAUGUGUUUGAUGUGUGGGAGACUCCAUCUCGCUCCAUCAUAUGAUGCUGAUGAUCAUGAUUCAGCUUUACCGGGUAUAUAUCUUGUUGCUGCAAAUUGGGAUUCGCCAGUUUUGACUCGAAUGCUCAUUCAUUUUUGUUUAGGUCACAGAACAUGAAAUUGCAGAAGAUGAAAUUGCAGGUAGUGCUUAUAGAUUAGAGUCUUUUUAUAGAGUGUUUUUCUUUGAGAAUGUGAGCUUGUAUAGAGAGUUUGCUUUUUGUUACAGAGAAGUGAAAUUGAUUGGGUUAUAUAAGAAUAUGAGAGAUUGAGGGUGUGGGGGUGUCUACAGAAGCUGCAUUCUUGAAGAAAUGCAGGGAGUGCUUCUGGUUUAAGUUAGAAACCUAGAGUGUUUUUCUUAGCAGUAUGAGAUUGUUUAGUGUUUGUUUUUUUGUCACAGAGAAAUGAAAAUCAUUCCUUAACGUCC